AUGGUUGUUUGCCCGGAGCUCGGUUUCAGUCGUUACGCGUUGCGCGACGAGGACGACGCGCGCGCGGUGGCGCGCGAGAGCGCGCGCGCGCUCGCGUGGGCGCGCGAGAUCGCGAUGACGUACGACACGCACGUGGCGCUCGGACACUGCAGGGAGGAGGCGACGAGCGGGGAGUUGUUCAACUCGCAGACGGUUUUCGCGCCCGACGGCGACGUCGCGCGUCGGUACGACAAAUCGCACCUGUACUUCGUGGACGAGGCGUGGGCGGUCGAGGGACGCCGAGGUUUUGAGGUUUUCACGCUCGCGAUGAAGUGCUUCGUCCGUGGCGCGGGGUCGGCGUACGCCGAGGUGGUUCGGGACGUGAAGUGCGUGUCGGCGAUUUGCAUGGAUAUUAAUCCGUACAAAUUCGAGGCGCCUUGGACGGAUUUCGAGCUCGCGAACGCGUGCGUCGGGAGCGAUUUGAUUCUCUUCAGCUCGGCGUGGACGUCGGCGCAUCCCGACGACCCAGAAGAGAUCAAACGGAAGCCUGUCGAUUUCGGCGAGACGGUGUCUUACUGGAUGUCGAGGCUGCAGCCUCUUUUAGGCAAAACAAUGAGCCCGUACUUCGUGUGCGCGAACAGGAUCGGCGUCGAGAAUGACAUUCAAUUCACCGGGUGUUCGUGCAUCGUCGAUUUACGACAUCGCAUCCCUCGAUUAAUGCUCGGAGUCCGCGAACGCGAAGAGACUGCGCUGUCGUGCUGGAUUGAACUCGGUCGAGCGAGCGACGACGACGACGACGACGACGGCGGCGAGACCGACGCGCUCGGCGAACAUAAUCAUAGCGACGCCCAGUAG